AAGCGUAUAUAGACCGUAACUUUGCCAGAAAAUCCCGGAAGAGUGCAGCGUGUACGCGAGGCGCAGGUGAUUCAGCUCGCGCUCUUCACUUGUAAACAAAGAAAAAAACAGAGCAAACAUGGAAACGACACCCGGGAUACAGUUUCACGGAAACCAGCCCUCAGUACAACUUCACCACUGUUAACCAACAAACUCCGUGACCAACAGGAGCUGGAUCUCCUGACAACCUCAACCAUGGCGAGCCAGGAUCCUGUCAACGCCUCGCAUGCUAUGUUCGACCUCUUCGUCCAAGCCCAGACUUGCAAGGAUGUGAAACACCACUUCGCUGAGCUCUGCAGGCAACUGGACAUUAACCCUAAAGACUUCAGGACCUUCUACAUCAAGUUGAAGGAAAGACUGAACUACUGGAAGGCCAAAGCCUUGUGGACCAAGAUAGACAAAAGGGCUUCUCAUGUGGAUUACCAGCAAGGAAAAGCCUGCACCAAAAACAAGUGCCUCGUAUUGGGUGCUGGUCCGUGUGGGCUGAGGACGGCCAUUGAACUGUCCCUGCUGGGGGCUCAGGUGGUGGUGCUGGAGAAGAGAGAAGCGUUCUCCAGGAACAAUGUUCUCCACCUGUGGCCCUACACCAUAUACGACCUCCGUGGUCUCGGAGCCAAAAAGUUCUACGGCAAAUUCUGCUCCGGUUCUCUGGACCACAUCAGUAUCCGUCAGCUGCAGUUGGUUUUGCUGAAGGUGUCCCUUCUCCUCGGGGUAGAGGUGCACACCGGGGUGGAGUUCAGGGGCUUGAUCGAGCCCUCUGGAGAAAAUGGUUGGAUGGCCAAACUGGAUCCUCCGUCUCACCCUGCUGCAGCCUACCAGUUUGAUGUCUUCAUCUCUGCUGGAGGAGGCAGGUUUGUCCCUGAUGGUUUUAAGCAUAAGGAACUGAGGGGGAAAUUGGCUAUUGGCAUCACAGCCAACUUCGUCAACAGAAACACAGCCGAAGAGGCCCAGGUAGAAGAGAUCAGCGGUGUGGCCCGUAUCUAUAACCAGAAAUUCUUCCAGGACCUGCUCACUGAAACCGGUAUUGAUUUGGAGAAUAUUGUCUACUACAAAGACGACACCCACUAUUUUGUCAUGACUGCCAAGAAGAAAAGUUUACUGAAGAGGGGGGUCAUUAAACAGGACUAUAGUGAUGCAGACCAACUGCUGGCUCCUGCGAACGUUGACUACGAGGCUUUGCGCGACUACGCCCACGAUGCCGCCUUCUUCUCCACCGGCGGAAGGCUGCCUGACCUGCAGUUCGCUCAGAAUCACGCCGGCCAGCCGGACGUGGCCAUGUUCGACUUCACCUGUAUGCACCGCGCUGAGAACGCCUCGCUGGUCAGGGAGAGGAAGGGCAAGAAAUUGUUAGUCGGUCUUGUUGGAGACUGUCUGGUGGAGCCUUUCUGGCCUUUGGGUACCGGCAUAGCACGUGGCUUCCUAGCGUCUUUUGACACAGCAUGGAUGGUGAGGAGCUGGGGUUUGGGGAUCACUCCUCUCAAGGUCCUGGCUGAGCGAGAAAGCAUCUACCAGCUCCUGUCCCAGACCACUCCACAAAACACCAGCAAAAACUACGCUGGUUACAGCAUCGACCCCAAAACCCGGUACCAGAGAGUCAACCUCUCCUCCAUCCAGACCAACCAGGUGCAGCACCUUUAUGACAUCGACAAAUCCCAUCCACCCACCAAGAAACCCAAAGACAAACGCUACACACGUGAAGACUCAGUUAGCGGCUUUGAAGAGUUGCUGAACUGGUGUCAGAAACACACUGCAGGUUACAAGAAUGUAAACGUGAAAGAUUUGACCCAGUCCUGGAGGUCCGGGCUGGCUCUGUGCGCUCUCAUCCACCACUUCAGACCUCAGCUCAUUGACAUGUCGUCCCUGGAUGAGUCCAAUAUUCUCCACAACAACCAACUGGCCUUCAGCCUCCUGGAGAAGGAGCUGGGCAUCCCACCUGUGAUGUCUCCCAGCAACCUGGCCAAUAGUGGCCAGAUAGACGAGCUGUCCAUGGUCCUCUACCUCACCCAGAUCCAAAAGGCGUUCACUGUGCCAACAAAGGAACCUGCAGGCGUCCUGCCAUCGUCCAAGCCUCUGACUCUUUUCCAGACACAGUCAGCUGUCUUUUUCCUGAACAAGCUGAAGCACAACUCUCUGCAAAGACGCAAGGAAAAGCUGGCGGCUGAGAAACAAGCCAAAGAAACAGAGACCAGGAUGGGAGAUGAGGAUAGUACGCUGGUUUCUCCAGUGUCCCCUGAACUCAGUCCUGUCCCCACUCUGAGUCCUGAGCCUGGACCGGACUCUACUGUGCUGAUGACGAACAGCGAGGAGUGUUACUUCUGUGGCCAGAGGGUGUAUGUGCUGGAGCGCAUCAGCGCCGAGGGAAAGUUCUUCCAUCGGAGCUGCUUCACCUGCCACCAGUGCAGCAUCACACUAAGGCAUGGAGGAUACACCUUCGACCAGAGCACAGGGAGGUUUUACUGUGAGCUGCACUCUGAAGAGCUGAUGCUAGCAAACAGAGCUGAAACAUCUUGUAAGGAUGGCAAAGGAAACCACGAGGGGACGAGUGAAGAGAAUGAACUUUCCAGUGAGGAUUAUACACCAUCUCCAUCGGAUGAGGACGAUGCGCACACUUUGGACAGUGGUCCUUCUACUCGCACACAGGACCAGCAGAUACAUGAAUCCAAAGAAGAGUCCCAAGAACCACAUUUGCCAAACACUCCCACAUGCCCUCCACCUAAAGCCGAGGUAGCAGCACCCCCCGAGGAGACCGAGGAGGUUUCUCCCACACAUCCGGUCCCAAAGCCGCGCCUCUCUCGACAUACCUCACCCAGCCCCGUGCCAUCGCCUCCGGUAGCAAAGCCCCGCUCAGUUCACCUUUUAAAUCCCUCCACUCCAGAGAAAUCUUCUCCUGCCCCAACGAAAGAGCCCUCUACAGCAGGCCCGGACUCCCGUCCCAAACAGUCACUGCGCAAGCUGCAGUUAACCGACGAGGAGAAGAACCAGCUGAUGAAUCUUCAGAGCUUAAGCGCAGACUCGGACUCGGAGACUCACGGCGGAUCCUCCUCCUGCUCAUCGUCCUCGGCGAACGCAGGAGGUCCCACUAAACCAGAGGGCCUGGACGGGCAAGAAGAGGAGGGCUACUGGAGCGGGAGCACCGCAAGUCACCUCCGGGAGAAGAGGAACCGACGCUGCUUCAGGAGGAAGGAGGCGCCAAGUGGACAGGCAAGAGUGCGAUCCAAAUUCUCCCCGUGGAAUCUCUCCUCCCCGAGGAUCAACAAAGACACUCGGCUCAGCGUCCUCAUUAAUCAUCCAGGGAGAGUUGAAACUACGUUCAGACACACUCACAGUGCUUCAGAAGAGGGCGUCGAUGGAGAUGACGACGACGACGAUGACGACGAUGAGAUGUUCGAACAAGACGACAUUGACUUAUAUGAGAAGUUCCCAACAGUGCCAUCAGACCCUGCGGAGGUCGAGAAGCUGGAGCUGAUGAGGAUGAAGACACUGGAGCGGAGAGCCAAGAUGAGCGAAUUACAGCGACUGCGCCAAGCUCAGUCCAUCCAGAGAAGGCUGGACGAAAUUGAGGUGACUUUCAAAGACCUAGAGGAGAAAGGCAUCGUGCUGGAGCGAACUCUGCGGGGAGAAGCUGGCAGCAGCAGUUCUCCUGACAUGAUUGAACAGUGGAUCCAGCUGGUCCAUGAGAAGAAUGCGUUGGUUUCAGAGGAGUCGGACCUCAUGGUGGCGUCCCGACAGCUGGAACUCGAGGACAGGCAGAGCGCCUUAGAUAUGGAGCUCAGGAAAUACAUGGAGCUGAAAGACAAGACACCAGAGCAGAAGGUAGAGGAGGACCGGUUCCUCCAGCAGAUGAUCGAGGUGGUGGACAUGAGGAACUCCCUGGUAUCAUUUCUGGAAGAGAAGAGGCUAAAGGAGAUAACUGAGGAGCAAGAGGUCUUGUCCAUCAUAGAGGCCAAGCGCCACUCAAAGACGGGAUCUCAGGUUCACUGGGCUUAGGCUUUCACGCACACACGUACUCGCAAUCGACCUGUGUGUGCGACUUCCUGCUUUCAGACUUAAAUUUGCAAAGCCAAAGAUGAUGGGCGUCGUUGUGGAAGGUAACCCGCCACAAGCAGCCCCUCAAUGGUAAAGAUUAAGUUGAAGUUUAUGGGCGGCGGGCUGAAUGAAUACCAGUUGCAGCCUGCCCCCCUAGAGGGAGACAUAGGCUUGGAGAUCUGAGACUCUGACUUGAUGCGUCCAACUACUCUGCAGCAAAGCCCAGCCUGAUAGCCAGACGAUAGUGGGAUCACAUCAACAGACUGCUUAUCAGAAAGGACCCUCAGUGUUUGCUGCGCUCUACGAACAACCACAACGCUGCAGAUAAUCAUUACUCAGCCUGGGACUUGACCUGGUUUAGUGUCAGAAACGUGACGUGAAUGCCAAGCCAGAACUAAACAACAUUAAAUUACAGCGGUGGGAAACCUGCAGUGGCUGUCUUUGGAGCCUUAGAGGUAGAUUUAGAUCAAAAACACAGUGUUUUUGGAAAUAGUUAGAUGUUAAUGUUGAUUUUACUUGUGUCAUGAUGGAUAAGUGCUUCUGUCCACACAUUAUAUACAUAUCUAUAUUUAGUAUUUCUAUACAGAACAUAAAUAUGAUGGGGGGUUAAAGAAGCCAAGUGGAAUAUAAAAUAUUAGUAUAUAUAAAAAUUUCAAUUCUGUUUCUUUUUUUUUUUUUAUUCACUUUUCAUUUAUGAAUGUUAAUGAAUUUUGUAGCACUUCCUGAUAUUUGCCAUGUCCUUUCCUGAUCGCACGUUCAUCUCAGGAGUUGCUCGUUCAGUCCUCACAGUUAACAGCUUUCACUGAUGGCCUUCAACUGUCGGCUGCUCCUUUAAAUGUUGCUGUAUCAUGUGAACAUGGGGGUUUUGGGGUGAGCGAAAAACAGACUUAAACGGACCGGUUCAUCUGUUUAUAAAUGCCGUCAUUUAUUGUUUGCAGGUGUUCCCAUUCAUGUGCUGCCUGAAUAGCUUAAAUCAAGACAAAGACCAGUCUGUUGUUAAUGAAAAGGAGCCUUAUAUUAUUUAUUGUCCUGCUGCCAUUUUUAAUGCCACCUGGGCAGCUCUUCACAGUACAUCAAAUAAAGAUCAUGCACUUUGA